UUACCUAUGAUAUGUGGUAUUGUGGGUUCGCGAUUUGUAUUGGUUUUUGAGCGGCAAUGAUUAUUGUAAAUUGCUGAUUUUUACCGAUUACUUGAUAAAAGACACACAGUGAAUUGUCUUUCACAAAGUAAAUAUGCCGACAUGGAAUCAGAUUCAGUCACAAUUACGAAAUCCGAACAAUCCUGUAGUAUUUUUUGACAUAAGCGUCGGUACGACUGAAAUUGGACGAAUGAUACUUGAAUUGUUUGCAGAUGUUGUACCUAAGACAUGUGAAAAUUUCAGAGAAUUUUGUACGGGGGAGUAUCGAAGAGAUGGUGUGCCUCUUGGUUAUAAGGGAGCAAUAUUCCACCGUGUUAUCAAAGACUUCAUGAUUCAGGGUGGAGAUUUUGUAAAUGGUGAUGGUACUGGAGUGAUGAGUGUCUAUGGCGGAGGAACAUUUGCAGAUGAGAACUUCAACUUGAAGCAUGACGCUCCUGGUUUAUUGUCAAUGGCAAACAGUGGUAAAGAUACAAACGGGUGCCAGUUUUUCAUUACAUGUGCAAAGUGCAACUUCUUGGAUGGGAAACAUGUUGUGUUUGGUAGGGUCGUAGAUGGACUGUUAGUGAUGAGGAAAAUAGAAAACGUUCCUACAGGUCCAAACAACAAACCAAAAAUUCCAGUUGUCAUAUCACAGUGUGGCCAAAUGUAAGAUGCUUUGAUAGCAUUUUUAAACUAAAAAUAAAUGGAAAUUUCUUAUAGACUUAACCAAAACACAAUAAAUUAAUAAAGACUGAUGUUAUCCAGAA